AUGCGCUUCGAGUUGCAGGAAUUGAAGAAGGCGUUGGAGGUGCAGCAGCAGGGAAGGGACGACUUGGUGGCCAAGAUCAAGGCCGACAAGGAGAAGGCCGCGCAGCUGGCCGACGCCAUCAGCUCGACGGAGAGGGCCUUCGCGGACGUCGUCACCACCCUCAAGGAGGGCAAGCGGCUGGCGAUGCUCGGCGGCCAGGGCGCCGCGGGCCUGAAGCAGACCACCCAGGGCCUGCAGCGCAUGGAACUGGAGCACGCCCGAGGGCGGGGCGCCAUGGCCCGCGUGGUGCGCAUCGUGCUGCUGCAGACCUUUGCCGCGCUGCCCGGCUCGGGCACCGCCACUGGCUUGUCCGGGGUCACGGAGAACAGGGAGGGGGAUUUGGACGCGUUCCUGUGGGCGCUGGGAGUCAAUGGGCUGGCUGUCCUGGCUCUCGCCAUCGUCUUCUCCAUGCUGCGACUGAGGUUCCCUUGGGUCUACUCGAGCAACGCGCGGGGAGGAGAGCUGCCAGAGGCUGGCUCCUUCUUGGGGUGGACCAGGGCGAGUUUGACGAUGACCACGCAGGACAGGGUGAAGCACGUCGGUCUGGACCACGCUCUGUUGAUCGAAUUCUGCAUGGUGUGCAUGAGAAUCUUGCUCAUGAUCGGGUCGCCCUUGGUGCUCGUCCUGAUGCCGAUAAACGUGCUCCUUGGCAGCGGCGACGCGGACAAACUCAGCAGGGUGGAGAUGGGGAAUUUGGCCGAUGCUGGGAGGGACGAUUACCAUGCAUGGGUGUACUAUCUGUACGCAGCUGCGGUUUGGGCCGUCUGCCUGGCGACGCACCGGGAGGUGUACCGGGCCCAGGCCAGGUUCCUGCAGCUGAGGUUCGCGUGGCUGAAGCACCUCCCCUUCCCACGUGCCGGCACGCUGCUGGUGCAGGCCAUACCGCCCGCGUUCAGGUCGGACGCGCGGCUGCACGACUUCUUCUCCUCCAAGUUCGAGCCGGGCUCGGUGGUCGAGGCGCACGUCAUCAGGCGCAAGCUGCGCACGGCGGAGCUGCAGCUCGCCAAGACGGGCACGCGGCCCAUGGCGCGGCCGCAGCUGCUGCCCGGGGACGCCGGCCGGAACUGGGCGGCCAGCGGCCCGUGGCGGCAGGUCGAUGCGAUCGACCACUACACCGAGGACAUCGGCCUGCUGGACGCCAAGAUCGAGGCGGAGCGGUUGCGUGUCGAGGCGGAGGCCGCCGCCGUCGGGGGCGUCAACGGGCACUGCGGCUUCGUCACGUUCUGCAAGCGGACGGACGCGACGAUGGCCCUCGGCUGCCGCUUCAGCGCCAACAAGCACGAGUGGAAGGUGUCAAUGCCCCCGGAGCCCUCCGACAUGCUUUGGGAUGGCUUGAAGACGAAGCAUCCAGAGGCAAAUGUUAUCAAGAUGGCCGCGGGUUACGCGUGCAUCGCCGGCCUGUUUAUCGGCUUCACGCCGAUCUGCGUGACCAUCACGAACAUUGCCAAGGCGGUGCAUGCAGGACCCUUGCAGCCAGUCUGGGCUGCCUUCGCGCCCACGCUGGGGCUGUUGCUGUUCACGAGUCUUUUGCCAUCCGUUUUGUUCGUCAUAUUCCGGCACUUCUUCGUUUUGAAGGCAGACGCGUGGUCUCAGCACCGAGUGCAGAUUUGGUAUUUUUGGUUCCAAGUGGUGUACGUCAUCCUCGUGACGGCCAUCGGCCAGUCGCUCUUCCAGAGCGCGAAGGACCUCUCGGACGACCCGUCAAGCAUAUUUGACCUCUUGGCUCAGACACUCCCGAAGGCGUCGCAUUUCUACAUGAACUAUCUCGUCCUGCAGUGCACCGAGUGCACCGUCCACAUGCUGCGUGCCGUGAACCUGGUGAAGUUCCUGGCCUUCCGGCUGCUGAGGCCCGAGGAGGAGGCGCACGAGCUCGCCGAGCCGGAGGACCAGGACUACCACGGCGUGGGCGCCCGCAGCACGAGGUUCACCACGGUCAUGCUGAUCGGGAUCAUAUCCGACGGGGCCGGCGGAUUCAGUACGAUUUCGCCACUCGUGGCAGUGCUGACUUUCUUGACGUUUUCGUUGUACCGCUUGUGCUAUGGCUACACGGUCGUCUUCGCGGAGACGAAGAAGCCCGAUCUCGGGGGGGUGUUCUGGGUGUCGCAGUUGCAGCACGUGCAGAUCGGGGUGAUGAUUUACUGCGUCCUCAUGAUCGGCAUCCUGCGGCUCCGGGCGGGCAGCAUCUACCCUGCGGCCAUCGCCUCCGCCAGCCUCCUCUUCUCGGCCUGGUCGUGCCUCGACUUCCGCAGGACCUUUGAGUGGAAGCAGCUGCCCCUCGGCGAGAUCGGCGACGCCGAGGCCGCGCCGUGCACCGCCGAGGGCGCCCGCGGCGCCUACGUGCAGCCCGAGCUGCGCGGCGCGCCCGGCCCGCCCGGG